ACAAUGGCGGUAUCAAAUGCAUAUUGGACAGAGCACGUUUCCAAAGACGGUCGUCGUUAUUUCUAUAACCAACAGACUAAAAAAUCACAAUGGGAGAAGCCAGACGAGUUGAAGACUGACCUGGAGCGCAAAAUAGAGUCUAGGACUAAUUGGAAGCAAUUUGAAACUGCGGAAGGCAAGGUGUACUACUACAAUAGCGUGACACGUCAGAGCGUAUGGAGCAAGCCUCAGGAAGUCCUUGACGUUAUAAGUGAGCAUGAGCGUGAAGAGCUAUCAACUAAAGAGAAUGCCAAGGUUGCAUUUUCUCGGUGGCUUGAAGAGUUCAAUUUCACUCGGCGUACAACAUGGGACAUGGCUGUUAGGCUACUGGAGGUUAAUGAGCGAUGGCCCAAGUUCGCGAUUCUCACUAAGGGCGAGAAGAAGCAGCUGUUUUCGGAGUUUACAAGUCAGGCUCAACGUCGCCAUCAUGAGGAGAUGCGUCGUAAGCGCGGGAUGAUAGGCGACCUGAUAAUCAACGAGUUGGAAAAGUGGGAGGAAUUAACACCCUAUACAACCUAUGUUGAGUUUGCGGAACGAUGCCACACCCGUGAGUGGUGGACCUGGGCUGAUGAGAAGACCAGGGAUGGUAUAUUCCAGGAGACCAUGGAGCGCAUGGACCAUGAAUUAAAGGAGCGCCAAAGGGAGCGCCGCCGCGUAUCCAUGGAGAAACUGGAGGCUGAAAUGGAGAAGCUAGUCACCGACGACAUGCCGCAGUGGCCCAAUGUGAAACGUCAAUUUACUGGUUUCGAGGGGUUGCAUCUCCUCGACAUACUGGAAUGUCACCAGGUUGUAUUUAAGCGGCAUUACCGUAACCACGUAAAGGAAGCUGAAAAACGUGCUUACCGUGCCCAACGUAAGCGUCGGCAGCAUUUCGUAGCUUUCCUAGAGGACUGUGUUGCCAAGGGUACGAUCAAUGGCCGCACUGUGUUUGAGGAUUUCAUCAAGGCUCACAGUACUGAAGCCAUGUAUUUAGACAUUGUUGGACAGCCCGGCUCAACUCCGUAUGACCUAUUCAAGGACGUCCACUCGCCUAUAAGGAAACAAUAUAAAAUAGAGCGUGAAAAUGUGAAGCAGCUGAUUAAUCAAGGCAUAUUGGAUCGCGGUGCCAGUUUAGCGGACUAUGAGCGUAUAUGCCUAGGCAACAAGGCGUGUUCACCGGAGAACGUUGCACUAAUCCACGAAAGCCUUCGUCGUCGUCUGCAUUCUGAACGAAGAAAUCGUUCUUUAAGUGCAGAGGAAGGUGAAAUCCGGAAUAGUGACGUUUCGGAAUCCAGUCGUGAUUCUGUAGACACCCACACUGAGUUGGGAGACCCCAAGCGCCGUCGGCUCGAUGGUUAACACACUGGCUGGCGGUGACCGCACACAUGUAC